CUACAGAUCGCCAGAAGAGACACAUCGCAAGCUAUAAAGCUCAAGAAUUGAAAAGAACUUGUGAGAAUUCGCGUUUUGACUUGUAUUUCGGCCAAGAGGAAUAUUAUUAUUAUUACAGUGUGUGACGUUCAACAAGGAUUUUAUCCUUAGCCAAUUAAUUAGAGACAAUUUAUAACAUCAUAAUCAAAUGAAUCUAAAGUUGGAGAAGAUUAUCAAGAUGAAGUCCCUGACCAUCUUGUGCCUCCUGCUGAUGCUCGCCAUCGGCGCGGUCUCGUGCCGACCGUCCGAUCGCAAGCCCGCGCAGCCUCGCACGCAGAUCCAGGACGUGGUGGCGGAAUUCCACGACAUGGAUCCGGCGGAGUUUGAGCGCAUCCGCAGAUGCUACGAGGACGACGACACAAUGGAGCUGUGCCAGCGCUGUGCAAAGGCCACCAAAGUGCGCAACGCCUUCCCCAUGUGCUGCUCCAACGAGGACAGCGCCCAGGAUUGGUGCAAGGACUACGUAUACUAUGGUAUUCAGUAUUAAGCUGCGCACGCAAUCCGACGAGACCACGUCAAUUUCCACUGAAAAUUGCUUCAAAUUCUUCCUUUAGUUUGUAGUUAGGCGAAUUUUUUUUUUUAUACUUUUCUGUCAUUCAUUUUUAUAUAUAUAUGUCAAUCUUAUUUAAGAAUUCACGUCAUUCAUAGGUUGCCAAUAAUUUCGGAGAUUAUUGCAAUUCAUUGUCCACCCUGAUAAUAAUUGUCUCGAAUAUUCUGUGUGUUAAGAUUUCAGGGAAAAUGUAGAGGCGAAAUUAAAUGGCUUCACUGCGCAUUGGCACAAAAUUGCACUACAAAAUGUAUUGUCCCUUAUCUAUCAUUCAAAAAAAAAAAUGACUGUGAUCGGUACUAUAUACUUAAUGAUCAAGACACAAAUUAAUUCUAUAGUCUUCCCAAGCCAUAUCGAGGUAUCUAAAAGUAGUAUUUAGAGACGUACUAUUUAUUGUAUUUUUACAUGAAUAAAUCCUAUGACGAAUUUUUAUACUUGAAA